CCAAGCAAGCUUAGUGGCUGGCUGCUUGUGGGCUUGUGUUCCGGGAUUACCCUUGUGUGUGUGCGCCUCCUUUCCCUCCCUCCCGAGCGCCUUUAGGGGUCGCGCUUUCCACUUUCCCUUUUUUUUUUUUCUUCUUCUUCUUUUUUUUUUUUUUUUUUUUCUCCAAUACCGGUCGCGAGGAGGAGGAGGAUGUGGCGCACGGAGGGGAAAUGGCUGCCGAAAACAAGCCGGAAGGUAAAGAGAGCGGACGCUUGGCUUCCAGUUGUGUGUGUUUGUGAGGGUUGGAUUUCUUCUUGAGCUUCUCUGUUCUGCUUCGGGGUGGACGUCGGUGAGGGAGAGUCGCCAAGAGGGGAAAGAGAAAGCGAGCGUACCCACACGGGAUGAAUUAGGAGAGGAGCGGCUGGGAGGUGGAGGAGGAGGUGGGGAAGGGGAGGGGUGUGGAGCUGGAAAGGCAGCGGCGGAGUGGGGCGCACAAGGCAGCGGCGGCGGCCGAGGAGGCGGAGGAGGAGGAGUGGGCACACUUUUGCUGAGAGGAGCUCCUUUCACUUGUAUAGGACACGGGUCCCCUCUCCCUACUCCUCACACUGUCCUUUCCCCGUUCCCUUUGCCCCUCGCACACAAACUCCCCUGCUUCCCCUUACUACCAGCCCUUACCACCAUUUUGCUAUAUCCCACUUUUGGGCACCUUGGGAAAGGGAGGGGGGGACUCUUUCGGGGUUUUUUUCCCCCUACAUUAGAAAGGGAUCAGGGAGGGGUGGGUGCUGACAUGUUUCCUUGGCUCCCACAAAUGGAAACAAGCCGCCUGUGACUAGUUGUUGGCAAGCAAGGAGCAAGCACCUCGUCAUUUCAAUGAAUAACCUCGUGGAAGGAUCACUCAACAACCAGCCCAGGAGACAGACUACUGGAAAGUAUGAUGAUCAUGGAAACAGCAAUGGCAGUCAUGUAAAGAUCUUUUUGCCCAAGAAGCUGCUUGAAUGUCUACCAAAAUGUUCAAGUUUACCUAAAGAGCGGCAUCGUUGGAACACCAAUGAGGAAAUUGCAGCUUAUUUAAUAACGUUUGAAAAACACGAAGAAUGGCUAACGACCUCCCCUAAAACAAGGCCACAGAAUGGUUCCAUGAUCUUGUACAAUCGAAAGAAGGUGAAAUACCGGAAAGAUGGAUAUUGCUGGAAAAAAAGGAAAGAUGGGAAAACAACAAGAGAGGAUCAUAUGAAGCUCAAGGUUCAAGGAGUUGAGUGUCUCUAUGGCUGUUAUGUCCACUCCUCCAUCAUACCAACUUUCCACAGAAGGUGUUAUUGGCUUCUUCAGAAUCCAGAUAUUGUAUUGGUGCACUACUUGAAUGUUCCUGCCAUUGAGGAUUGUGGGAAGCCGUGCGGUCCAAUUAUAUGCUCACUCAACACGGACAAGAAAGAGUGGGCGAAAUGGACCAAGGAGGAACUUAUAGGACAGCUGAAACCUAUGUUUCAUGGUAUUAAAUGGACAUGCAACAAUGGGAACAGCAGUUCAGGGUUUUCUGUGGAGCAGCUUGUUCAGCAGAUACUCGACAGUCAUCAGACCAAACCACAGCCUCGGACGCACAACUGUCUCUGCACUGGCAACUUAGGUGCAGGUAGCAGUGUGCACCACAAAUGUAACAGUGCCAAACAUCGCAUCAUCUCACCAAAGGUCGAACCAAGGACAGGUGGUUACAGUACUCAUUCUGAGGUACAAAACAAUGAUGUUUCUGAAGGCAAGAAUGAACACAGUCAUGGCAAAUCAUCGAGCCGUGAGAAGAGAAAUGGCAAAAUGGCAAAACCUGUACUGCUUCAUCAAAACAGCACUGAGGUUUCUUCGACAAAUCAAGUGGAAGUUCCUGACACAACCCAGAACUCUCCUGUCUCCAUCAGCAGUGGCCUAAAUAGUGAUCCAGACAUGGCUGACAGUCCUGCAGUUACUGGCGUCUCUAGCAUGGCUGUUGCAUCGGUGAUGGGGAGCCUGUCUCAGAACGCCACCGUGUUUAUGUCUGAAGUCACGAAUGAAGCAGUAUAUUCAAUGUCUCCGAACACUGGUCCCAAUCAACAUCUUUUGUCCUCAGAUACAUCUGCCCAGGGACUAGUACUGGCUGUAAGUUCAGAUGGUCACAAGUUUGCCUUCCCUACAACAGGGAGCUCCGAUAGCUUAUCAAUGCUGUCUGCGAAUGUUGCCGAAGAGCUUGUACUUUCCACCACUCUCGAUAGCAGUCGAAAAAUACCUGAAACCGCUAUGAAUUUUGAUCCUGACUGUUUCCUCAACAACCCAAAACAAGGGCAAACCUAUGGUGGAGGCGGCCUCAAAGAAGACAACAUUUGUUCCAACAUGAGAAGAUCUUCAAGCACAGACCGCAGUUUCGGUUUCAAUGCAGUUUUAGCAAAAGAAAUUAAAACAGAGGACACAAGCUUCGAACAGCAGCUAGCGAAAGAAAGUUUCCCAUCCACCUCAUCAAAUACACUUACCUUGACUCCAGGUUCCAGUUUGCUCCCUUCUGGAGGAGGCCUUAGUCCUAGUACCACUUUAGAGCAGAUGGAUUUUAGUGCCAUUGAUUCCAACAAGGACUAUACAACCAGCUUCAACCAUGCAGUGCAGAGUCCUCACGUUCAUCAGACACCUUCCCCAAGCUUCUUUUUACAAGAUGCCAGCAAACCUAUUCCUCUGGAUCAAAACUCCCACAAUAGUCUAAAUGACACAAACAGCACUUAUGUCAACACCCUAGAAAUUCCAAAUGUUAAAACAGAAGUAUCUUCCCAGACAGCAAGCAACUGCAAUGGUACUAUAGACCAAGCUAGGAUAGAAUCAACAUCUUCUCUCCAGCUGAUGCAAUUUCAGGCAAAUUAUCAGGCAAUGACUGCUGAAGAGGUUCCUAUGGAGACAUCCCAGCAGACUGAAGGAAAUGAUGGUUUGCUUAAGCAAGCUGACCUCCAAGCCUGCAGUGCAGAGCACUAUAUGCAGUCUGAUAACAAUGCUGGUAUGAGGAAUGGUGGCAGUCUGCCAAUUCUGCAGGGAAACAUGGUCCAAGGCCUCUAUCCUGUUGCGCAUCAGACUAUAAAUAACUCUUCCAACAUGGAGCUCAAUUUGGACCAUUUUGAUAUCUCCUUCAGCAACCAGUUCUCAGACCUUAUUAAUGAUUUCAUAUCUGUAGAAGGUGGGGGUAACACAAUCUAUGGACAUCAACUGGUGGCAGGAGACAAUAAUGUGUUACCUCAGUCAGAAGAUGGUAGCAGGCCUGCUUACUCGCAGGCUGAAAUGUGCAUACCCUGUUGUAGCCCUCAACAAGCAAGUAUGCAACUCAGCGGUGCUGACACUGGGGUAACUACAAUGGCUUAUAUGCACGUGGCAGAGGUGGUGUCAGCAGCAGCCGCAGCACAAAGCACCCUGGGAAUGCUGCAACAGAGUGGGCGUUUGUUCAUGGUGACAGAUUACUCCCCGGAGUGGUCUUAUCCUGAGGGAGGAGUGAAAGUCCUAAUCACAGGCCCCUGGCAGGAGGCUAGCAAUAACUACAGUUGUCUGUUUGAUCAGAUCUCAGUGCCUGCAUCCCUCAUACAGCCUGGUGUACUGCGAUGUUACUGCCCAGCACACGACACUGGCUUGGUUACUCUUCAGGUUGCCUACAACAGCCAGAUUCUCUCCAACUCUGUUGUUUUCGAAUAUAAGGCAAGAGCGCUGCCAACACUGCCCUCUUCUCAGCAUGACUGGCUCUCCUUGGAUGAUAACCAAUUUAGAAUGUCGAUCCUGGAACGUCUGGAACAGAUGGAAAGGAGAAUGGCUGAGAUGACAGGCGCUCAGCAACAUAAGCAGAGUGUUGGAGGGGGCAAUGGUGGGGGAGCCAACAGUGGAGGAAACCAAGCACAAUGUGCUGCUGGGACCGGCUCUAUAGGAAGCUGUUUUGAGAGCCGAGUGGUGGUCGUUUGUGAGAAGAUGAUGAGCCGAGCUUGCUGGGCAAAAUCCAAGCACCUGAUUCACUCCAAGACUUUUAGGGGAAUGACGCUUCUGCAUCUUGCUGCUGCCCAGGGAUAUGCCACACUUAUUCAGACCCUAAUCAAAUGGAGAACAAAACAUGCUGACAGUAUUGAUUUGGAAUUAGAAGUAGAUCCUUUAAAUGUUGAUCAUUUCUCGUGUACUCCUCUGAUGUGGGCUUGUGCUCUUGGCCAUACUGAAGCUGCUGUUGUGUUAUAUAAAUGGGAUCGGAGGGCUAUCUCCAUCCCUGAUUCCCUUGGCAGGCUUCCCCUGUCCAUUGCACGCUCUAGAGGCCACGUGAAACUAGCUGAAUGCCUUGAGCAAUUACAGCGGGAGGAACAUUCACAAAUGGGUCAGAAUCCCAGGAUACAAUGUUCACCAAGUGAAGACACAAGUGCAGACAGUUGGUUAACCCAGUGGCAAAGUGACACAAUGAGUCACUCUCAAGAGUCCCAGAAGGGAGUUACAAUUAUUUCUAAUGUUAAUACAGAGCUUCGCCGGCCACGAUCAGAACCUGCAAAUUAUUACAGUAGUGAAAAUCCAAAAGAUUACCCGGCAGCAAAAAAACACAAAUUAAACCCUGAAUAUUUUCAAGGGAGACAGGAGAGGGUCAUUUCAACUGCCCUAAGCUUGGAGCAGCCAUCUACCAGAAAGCAAUGUUCUAGCACCAAGCAAUCUCUGCCAGAAGCACUUUCCCAUAAUGAGGGAAUGCGUGACUUCUCCAGGGACCUUCCCCCACGCACUCCUGAUACUUCUUCAUACAAAGCCACCACAGGACUCAAAUGGAAGCCAAAAGAUCUUUACCUCGGUGUGUCAGCUGUACAGUUGACUGGAACACCCAAAACAUCUGCAUUGGGGAAGGACAUUGUAGGCCACAAACUGCGGCAAAGGGAACAGAUGAAUGUAUUAAUGAUGUCGGAAAGGGAGAUGGUAGAUGCAGAAUUACUGUCCUACAGAGAAAACCUGGAGAAUGAGGACUGCUUACAGCACAUGGAUGACUUACAGGUAAAUAUGAUGAAUCUGGCAGAACAGAUUAUUGAAGCGACACCUGAGAGGAUCAAGAGAGAAAACUUUGUUCCAAUGGAGUCGUCACUGGCAGAGAGGGCAGACUCUGCAGCAUUUAGCACCACCAUGAGCUGGCUGGCCAGUUAUCUUGCUGAUGUUGAUCACUUACCUAGUGCUGCACAAAUACGGUCCCUCUACAACGAACCCCUGACUCCUUCCUCAAAUACCAGCUUAAGCCCUGCUUGUUCCCCACUUAAUCAGACGACAUUUGAAAAGCCCAGUCUGCCUUCUGCCGCUGACUGGUCUGAGUUUCUCAGCGCAUCCAACAACGAAAAGGUGGAAAAUGAAUUUGCCCAACUGACUCUUUCGGAUCAUGAACAGCGAGAGCUGUAUGAAGCUGCAAAACUUGUCCAGACAGUAUUCCGGAAAUACAAGGGUCGUCCCCUAAGGGAACAGCAGGAAGUUGCUGCAGCUGUCAUUCAACGUUGUUACAGAAAGUACAAACAGCUUACAUGGAUAGCCUUGAAGUAUGCACUUUAUAAAAAGAUGACACAAGCUGCAAUCCUCAUCCAGAGCAAGUUUCGAAGCUAUUACGAGCAGAAGAAGUUUCAGCAGAGCCGACGCGCCGCGGUGCUAAUCCAGCAGUACUACAGGAGUUACAAAGAAUGUGGCAAAAUGAGGCAAAGGCGUCGGACCGCUUCUCUUGUGCAACAGAAACUGAGAAGCAGUUUGUUAACGAAAAAGCAGGACCAGGCUGCGCGGAAGAUAAUGAGGUUUUUACGUCGCUGCCGUCACAGCCCUCUGGUGGACCAUAGACUGUACAAAAGGAGUGAAAGAAUUGAAAAAGGCCAAGGAACUUGAAGCUGCAAAGCAACGUCCCUUAGCAAUGUGACAGCGCUUUUCAGACUGUUCUCAUUUUCUGUUUUUAGCAGAGACAUGCAACAAAAUAAUUAAUUAUUAAAAGAAAAAAAACACUGCAGUUUUCGAGAGAUCACCUGCAGGAUUUUAACAGUAAUCUUUUUGGUCAUUGCAUUUGCACUUUCAUGGACAAAUUUUGCUUUGUUCAGCAAGACAUCUUGAAAUUUAAUCUUCUGUUGAAUUGUGGGAAACAAAAUGGCGCCAGGAAGAGUUUGAAAGUAGCUCCUAUCUCUAAGUUGGGAGCUGUGUGAAUCACAUAGGGCUGAUUUCAAACAACGUGUGGAACUGUACAAAUAUUAUACCAAAAAAAGGAAAAAUACACAUGAUAUAUAUAUAUAUAUAUAAAUAUAUAUAAAUAUAUUGAGGAAAGGUGGAAAUGCACAAGCAACACAUGAAUGUUUAACCCAGAGCCAACAAUCACUCACAAGGAACUAAGCCCAUGGAAAACCUGAGGUCAUGAGGACAAUGGAGAGUUUGGAUCAUAUCCUUUUAAUGUUUGUCCUACGCUUUAAUCUUCAUUACUGGAGGUGCCUCUUCUCCUCAAUGCAUAUCCCAUAUAAAAUAUGCAAUAUAUAUGCAUAUAUAUAAUUAGAUAUAUUAAUGCUUAGGCUACUAGCAAAAUAAUAUAUGUUUAGCAAACAUGUCCCGUAAGUCUAGAUUUUUCUGAAAGUGUGUUAUGCCUUUAAUGUGGUUUAGGUGGCCAGUAUUAUGAGGAGGAACACAUAUUUACCACACCCAGUGGUAACCUUCUCUUUCAGACUUUAUUCCCCUGAAUGGUUUCUGAUGGGUACCAACCUUCCCGUCACCCAGUAUUGUAUAUAAACAUAUCUAUGCAUAUAUGCAUUAUAUUUUCAGAGUGAAUGUGCAAACUCCACUAUAUAUUUGCCAAGGUCGAUGCAAACAUAAUGUAGGAAAAACAUGUUGGUUUUAGUGAGCUACAUGUUUGGUAAGUAGUACUUCUUGUGUGAGAUAAAGUCACAUCACAACAAAUAUGGUAAGUAUGCUUACACACUUCUAGAAGGAAAUCUUUAAAGGAAUCAAUUUGCAGAAUAAAUCAUUGCCCUCCAUGCACGUCACCAAGAAAGGACUGAAGGUGUCUCCAACAGUGUUUGGAAAUCUUCUCUUCUUAUGUGUGUGGACACACAUAUGUAUUUUAAAUUCUAAUGCACAAUUGUAAAUGAAGAUAUACAUUGAAGCAAGCAAGUAGAUGCUGCUUUAAAUGUUUCUGUUUUAUUUUUCUAAGUUUUUUUCUCAAUAGCAGUUUUAAUGAUUCUAUAUUAUUAUAGUCCAUACCUAUAAGUCUAUAUCAUAGCUAAUAAAACUAGCAGAACAUCAAUCAGUUUCCUUUAAGAGUCUGAGCACCAGUAAAGACCCACUUUGCGAUACAGUAUGCUGGGUAACGCUCUGGAAGAAGUUCCCAAAAGGGUUGCAUUUACAUUGCCUGAACAUUUUGCCACCUAAGAAUUAAUGUGGUGCUGCGUGCUGGCCAGUUAAUACUCUAUUUAGGCUAUCUCAUCUCAAAUCUAAGCAAAAUUUGUAUAUAGAAGGUCAGAAUGGAAAUUUAAAAAAAUAAAUGUUUCAACUAGUUUAUUCUUGAAUUGAGAGAAAAAGCUUAUUUCAGUGUGGGUCAAUAACACGACUGGAGGACAUUAAUAUUUGUAUAGUUUGCUGGAAUGAAUUCAAAGUGUGGAUGUACUGUUUGUAUAUACUGUAUAUAUAUAUUCAAAAUCUGUGCAUGAAAUUAAGAACACAAAAGAAAUGAAAAAAAGCAAAGCAUUAGUGGCUAUGGUCUGUAAAAUGAAACAAAAUUUUAUUUCACUAUAAGAAUAUUUUAUUUUAAAUGUUCUUUAGAAGAACAUAUCGCUAAAGCAUGAUUAAUCUGCAAAACAAAAAAGAGCUACAGUAUUUAGACUUAGAAAAAAAAGCCGAGUAACAUUACUUUAAAAAAAAAAGCUAUGUUUACAUUUGAUUUAUAGCUACCAAAAUAUUUGAUUUCAUCUUUUUAUCAUUUUCUUCUUUUUUUGCCAAUGGUGCCAAGUAAUGUGAAUGCUAUAUCGCUUAACAUUAAGUUGCAUUUGCAAAGCAGAUACUCAUUUAAAAAAAAUGAAAAAAGUAUAUAUCUCAAAACCAUAUGCUCACUCCAGUAAAGAACACAUAGAAAGAAAUCAUAUAGAAAAUUUUUAAAAAUGAAAUAGUCUGAAAGUAGAAAAUACGUUUCACAUUUUCAUAUCUCCUCGCUGGAAGUUAGAAAAUGUAAAAUAAUCACACAUAAAAAAAAAAAAUAAAAGUGUUAAAAUCUUUAAAAAAAAAAAAAAAAGCAAACUGGUCUUGUAGGGAACUCAUGGUAUAACAUUAUUUCCACACAGAAAUAAGCCAAAGUGAUCGGAUAAUAUGAUAUCUGAAUGGAAUGAAUAAAACAAUAAGUGUGGUACAGUAUUAAACAGGCUUGCAUUGCCAACAGUUAUUUGAACUUUUAGUACACAAUCGGCCUGAUAUGUGAUUGUAGGGGGAGACGGAACCGGUGAGGGGUUUAUUAGCGAUUUCCCCUCUACUCUGUGCAGUUUCUACUGUAAAAUUUUUUUUUUAUACUGAGACGUAAAAUGUAAACUUAAAACAAUGUGCAUAUGUAAGAAACUUUUCAGGAGGUUGCUACAGACGAAGGUUUAAUAAUACUGAGGUCAGUACUCUUGUUGCCUUUUUUAAACGAAAACUGUUCAUUUUCUUUCACGUGAUAUGUACAGAUAGGAAGAAAAAAAACCACUGAUGUAUAGGUUAUAUACUGCUCACACGAUCACGCACAACGCACCAUUAUGAAUAGUCUGUACAUUAAAAAAAAAUGAUAUACUGCUCUUUUUUGACGGAACAUUGAGUGUUCCGAGAAGAAUGUAUUUUACUAUGUGUUCACGAGGAACGGGGAGAGAAAAAGCCUUUUUGGAAUAAGCGACACUUGCUCUUAUGUAUUGACAUUAGCACAGAUUUUGGAAUUUUGUUAUCUACAAAUGUAAAUUUAUAUUCCAUUUUUUCAUGGGGAAUGUACCUACUUCUCACCCUGGCAAGAGUACUGGUCUCAGUUCCAAUGCGGUAUCCGCUGUAUAUUUGUAUUAAAAAGGUUUAUGUUGUGCAGUAUGUCCAUAUGUUCUCUAAAUCUGUAACAUGCAGGGCCUUUCUAAGUCACUGAACUAAUUCAAAGAGCAGUCAUGAGACCUGUUUUAUCUUAAGAGAGGCAUUCUUCUGGUCACAUGAAGAACGUCUGAUAAAGCCAACAUUUGUGACCUACCCAUGACUGUGAAUUUUGGAUAUGAAUGUAAGAUACAUACAUGUACACAGUUUACUCGGAUGGUAUAUGUGACAAUUCCCAAGUGCCAGGAGUCUGUCAUAUAAUGUAACUGUUAAACCUUUUCCUGUCUCUCAUUGUUUUAUUUUCGCUUCUGAUGUGAGCAUUAAACAACAAACCAUCUGUACUGUGUGAGAGAAAUAAAGAAUAUAACGUGAAAUCCCUACAUGGUUGCACGCUUACGGCAGUUCCACACAGUAGUUGGCGCCAACGGGAGUCCCCAAGGCUUGCAUGUAAAGCUAGUAUAGAUGUCUCUUUUUUGUAAGUUUUAUUUUUGUAAUUGUGCAUGUAAAACAUCACGGAAAUCAAUGAAGCGUUGAAGAAUUCAGCUGCUGGAACCAUGCAAAAUGUUUUGAAUUGCCCUUAAACUAUGGAAAAUGUUUUCUGAAUGCUUUAUAUUCUUUCUGCUGUAAAUUAAAAAUUAAUUAAAUUUCCCCA